GUCCACCAAGCCCCACUCUUUACGCCUUUGAUCAUGAUUUUUAGUCUUUUUGAUUAAAAGUCUUCUUCUCCACCUACAUAUAUACACGCUCAAGUUUGAGUCUAUUUUUGAAAAGGAAUAAAAAUGAAUGAUUCAUUUACGCAGCCCGGAGCAAUUCCAUUUAAAUGGGAAAUCCGACCCGGAGUACCCAAGCUCCCACAUUCACACGAACCAAUAACAACAGAUCACCACCGUUCACUAGCCAAACAAGAGGAAGUAGCAAAAAAUCAGAGCCGUUCAUUUCCAGAAACCCCGCGUAAGCUGAAACCUCCACCAGCAGCUGGGUUCAAUUUCCACUCACCAGUUGCGGAGCCCCGAACCCGAUCCUUCCGUUCAGCUCCACGGGCACGCUCCGAGAGGCACCGGUUUGAUGUGCAGAAUCUGAUGACCCGACCCUCUAUGGGAGUUGUUUCAGAUGGGUGCUUCCCAUCUCCCCCCUUGCUGAUGCGAGUAACGGAGAAGAAGAAGAAGAACCAGAAGAGUGGGUCGGAACCCGAUUACAUGUCGGAUCUGGAGAGAGUUUCACGGUGGUCGGUGUCAAGUAGAAAGUCAGUGUCUCCUUUUCAUGACUCACUUUCCUCUUCAUUUUCAUCACACGAGUCAUCGCCCCGACGACCUGUGAAUGAUGCUGAUUGGCCUGGCUUUGCUCUCUUUUAGAAAACCACAAUUAAUUACACUAUCUUUCAUACAAAAGGUUCUUUUUUCUAUCUUUAAUUUUGUGUCUAUAUUUCCUUCAAUAUUACUACUGUACUACGUACUAUAUUGUACACUGUGAUGCAAUCGAUCGACUAUGAUCCAAUAGACGUGGAGAAUAAGUUAAGAGA